AUGGUUCUGCUUCGGCACAUAUCCAUCGCCCUAACCGCCGCGGUGGCUGCCUUCGGGUCCGCGCUGUUUAUUGCCUUGAAUUAUUUCUACAGAAGGCGAAUAUGGUCUCCGGAAGCGGAAUAUUACAUGAUAAAAGAGGUAAACUCUUAUUCUCUGCCAUCUAGGAAUGUUCAGUCGGCAUACGUUUAUGACUCUGUUGCAAUCGGGGGGGGGUCAGACUCACAGUUUUCACUGUUUAUCGCCGGAUUCUUUAUGCCAGAUCAGUGAAAGUUAUAUAGGCGCCAGUAGCAUCGAACGCAGAUAGGACUUCACAAAUCACUUCUGUCUAGACGUGGAUGUGGUCUUCCAGCCCAUACAAUACAUAUGACAUGAAUGCUGAGCCUUCAUCCCAGAUCAUGUUGAUCACAAACUGACUGCAUGGUGAUGAUGAUGGGUUGUGAUAAAGAUUGAUGCACAUAAUGGGACUCAUACAGGUUUAGGCUCCAAGAGGGCAACAAGAAAAUAUAGCCCGUUUCAUGUUGAAGGAAAAAUGGUUUAUAUAUGCAAAUCAUUCCAAAGUAGUAACACUAUCAUAAUAAUAAUUGCCUAUAGAAACAUUUCAUCUGACUAUAGCCUAUAGGGCCAUAGGACAUUACCUGAAAUUAACUAAUAGGAUUUUCAGGAGCUUCAAAGGUAUUGAUUAAAUCAAGGAGACAAGAUAAGGCUACCGUUAAUGUAAUCAAGCAAAAACGUCUGAGACAUUUGUUGACUCAAGUGUGUAGCUCCCCUAAAGUGUGCCACUCGCCUAAAGUGUCCCACUCAAAAACCAAUGAGAUGGUACAGAGCUGAUUUAAAUAACAUUCAUGGGAAACUAAGAUUAUUAUGUUUCAUAACAUUACAGUGGUCAAAGAGCUUAUGCAGUUAUUGUGGGCCAAGUAGACAGCUUAUUGGGCGGCAGGUAGCUUAGUGGUUAAGAGCGUUGUGCCAGUAACCGAAAGGUCGCUGGUUCUAAUCCCCAAGCCGACUAGGUGAAAAAUCUGUCGAUGUGCCCUUGAGCAAGGCACUUAACCCUAAUUGCUCCUGUAAGUCGCUUUGGAUAAGAGCAUCUGCUAAAUGACUAAAAUGUAAAAAUGUAUUGGGGAUUUGGGGGUCACAACAGAGGCUGCUAGCUGCUUUGCACACAAAUGCAAGUGAAUGUGAAAUACUGCAGCAUUAUCUAUAGUGCAAUGUUAAUCCUACAGGGAUAGAUAAUGAAAAUGCUGAUGUAUGUAAACAAAACAUAUUGCAGUUCGGCACUUUACAAGAAUAACAAUGAUCUAUAUAUCUGUGACUUGAGAAAAAAGUAAAAUGGGAUAAGAUAACUUCAUGUUGCUGAUGUUAAGAGAACAGGUGUUCUGAUGACCUCCUGCGGUGUGUUGAACAGGAGCAGGAGGAGCGUGGAAAGCGCCAGGUGCUAGUCCUUGGCCUAGACGGCGCUGGGAAGAGCAGUAUGCUGCAGGGGCUGACAGCUGGAGACGGGGGCAAGAGAGGGCACUGCCGCCCCACCAGGGGCUUCAACUUUAUGAGCCUCAGUGCCCCUGCCUGUCAGCUGGAUUUCCUUGAGAGUAAGCUGUGCAGUUUGCACACCACCAGAAUUCUGCAUAUGCUUGUAGGGUAAUUCAACCGGCCUGUAAGACUCCAUGCAGAGGGCUUUAAGGCUGUUCUAUGACCUUAAAAUGUGUCACAUUGUAAGCUAUCAGUUUGGCCCUCAAAAUACCAGUGGCCUUACCAAAAGCAUUAUAAUCAUGUGCCUUUGCUUACACUCAGUCAUACAUGUUUGGACAACACGCACCAUUUACUUUUUCUUCAGUGGAAUAAUUCAUUUAGCCCUUUUGUAGUGUGACAAACAAAUAAGAAGGUGUAAAACACAAGUUCAUACAUCUUCCUAAUUGCCUAGCAACACUUCAAGUAACCGGCCUACCUCUGUCUGCUGUCUUCUAGUUGGAGGGGGUGAGGAUUUGCGUACGUACUGGACAGAGUACCUGAGGAAGACGCAUGUCCUGGUGUACGUGGUUGACUCCUCUGACAGAAAACGUCUCCCACAGGCCAAGGCUGAGCUGCAUCGCCUUCUCAGACUGGAUUCACAACUUCCUGUGGUGGUCCUGGGGAACAAACAGGUGACCUUGACUAUUGAGCUGUCUGAUACUGUCUUUGGGCGGAUGCCAUUAGAAAAAGAAAAACCUAACGAAUGGAAUCUCAUUCCAUUUCUAUAGAAACACGUUUGUUGUUAUUACUGUGGGCAACACGAGUGUCUUGGACAUGGAUAAAUGUAUGUUCUCCAGUGAGUACAUGUUAGUAACACCUCACUUGAGCUGUGUUAGAAAUAAUUUGUAAUACUGUUAUAAGCGUGAUGUUACGCCUGUCAUGACCAGUGUUGUGAUACAUCCAUGCUUAGAUUGUCAAACUGUUUUAUUUACAAUUUAGUCAUUUUAACAGAUGCUCAUCAAACCCAGAGUGACUUGGCAGUAGACUUCACUGUCCAUCCUGUGUGUCCUCUCCCCUCCCAGGACAAGCACAACGCCAUGAGUAUGUCGGAGCUCCAUGAGGCCCUGUCUCUGGGGGCGGUGGCUGACGAGAGGAGGCUGUUCCUCCUGGCUGCCCAGCUGGGCUCAGACGGCCUGAUUGGCUCCCGGAAUCUGAAGGCCUUCCAGGACCUGAUCCUACAGCUCGUCUGA